AUGGAGAUUCCGAUUAGGAUCACAAAAAACAUCAACAUGUCAGUUCCAACCACAGGGAAAGCAGACGAUCGGGACAAUUCACUUGACACGGAGCAUGGUGGUGCCAAGAGAGCUAAGGUUUUGGAGGAUGGGAAGGAGGAGAAGUUUCUUUUGUUGAACAGGGCUUCUUCCAGUUCAGGGAAACUUGCAACUGCUUUUGCUGCUUCAGAAGCAUCACAGAAUCCAACCAAGGUUGAAAGGGAAUUCAGAGACGCGGCUGGUGAACGGGAACGAGCUCAUAUCGACAGGAAUGCUGAGCGCCGCGAGAAGAAAGACAGGACACUCUUUGACGAUAACUCCAAUAAAGCGGAAGCAACUAUAGCUCGUCAUAAAAUCGAGCACCAGAAUCGGUUGACGGGUUGUGCUGUGAUGAUUUCUCAUGGCAUCAGUGUCGUGGUUGUGGAAGGCUGUCACAAAUCAAUCAAGACAUAUGAUCAACUUAUGCUAAGGCGUAUAGAUUGGGCAGCGUCGAUAAAGAAUAAAGACGACGAAGAUGGUCAUUCUCCAGCCAACAAGUGCACAUUGGGGUGGCAGGGUUAUGUUGCUAAAACCAAGUUUUGA